AUGCAGAUGUUAUCUGCUCAACUACGCAGCACAGAAGGACGGGGAGCUGGGAAGAAUGGGGACCCACUUCAUGGAGCGGUCCUGCCAGGGCCUUGCUCAUGCUCAGGCUGGGCCUUGUCUCUUUCUUUUCUGGGUGUAAUGACCACCUCUCUGUGGAUGGCUGCUGCAAGCGAGUGUGGGGCCUGUUUCUCUGGGGCCUGGGCCCUGUGGGAUGCUGUCCAAGCUGUUACCAGCUCACAGUCAGGAAAGGGGCAAAGAGGAGGGGGCCCUCUAGUGGCCAAUCUAUGGCUUCAAGUCCUUAGGUUAGAACAAGGACUGAGACCAUCUAUUGAGCGUGACAAGAAUUUGGUUCCAACAUUCCAGUUUCCCGAAAAACCUCCUCUUGCACACAGCUGUCUGCCUAAUCCUGCAGCCAGUAGGAAGGGGCUCCGGAAAGCAGAUUUGGCUGUGGCAGGCCUCACCAUUACAGCUGAACGCGAGAAGGUGAUUGACUUCUCUAAGCCAUUCAUGACGCUGGGAAUUAGCAUUCUUUACCGAGUUCAUAUGGGACGAAGACCCGGCUAUUUCUCCUUCUUGGACCCCUUUUCUCCAGGAGUCUGGCUCUUCAUGCUUCUAGCCUAUCUGGCUGUCAGCUGCGUCCUCUUCCUUGUGGCACGGUUGACGCCAUAUGAAUGGUACAGCCCACACCCAUGUGCACAGGGCCGGUGCAACCUCCUGGUAAACCAGUACUCCCUGGGCAACAGCCUCUGGUUUCCAGUUGGGGGCUUCAUGCAGCAGGGCUCCACCAUUGCCCCUCGCGCCUUAUCCACCCGCUGUGUCAGUGGCGUCUGGUGGGCAUUCACGCUGAUCAUCAUCUCAUCCUACACGGCCAACCUGGCAGCCUUCCUGACUGUGCAGCGUAUGGAUGUGCCCAUUGAGUCAGUGGACGACCUGGCCGACCAGACCGCCAUUGAGUACGGCACGAUUCACGGAGGCUCCAGCAUGACCUUCUUCCAAAACUCCCGCUACCAGACCUACCAACGUAUGUGGAAUUACAUGUAUUCGAAGCAGCCAAGUGUGUUUGUGAAGAGCACAGAGGAGGGAAUCGCCAGGGUGUUGAAUUCCAACUAUGCCUUCCUGCUGGAGUCCACCAUGAAUGAGUACUAUCGGCAGCGAAACUGCAACCUCACUCAGAUUGGGGGCCUGCUGGACACCAAGGGCUAUGGGAUUGGCAUGCCAGUCGGCUCAGUGUUCCGGGAUGAAUUUGACCUGGCCAUUCUCCAGCUACAGGAGAACAACCGCCUGGAAAUCCUGAAGCGCAAGUGGUGGGAAGGGGGGAAGUGCCCGAAGGAGGAAGACCACAGGGCUAAAGGUCUGGGAAUGGAGAAUAUUGGUGGAAUCUUUGUGGUUCUUAUUUGUGGCUUAAUCGUGGCCAUUUUUAUGGCUAUGUUGGAAUUUUUAUGGACUCUUAGACACUCAGAAGCAACUGAGGUGUCGGUGUGCCAGGAGAUGGUGACUGAGCUCCGCAGCAUCAUCCUGUGUCAGGACAGCAUCCAUCCCAGGCGGCGGCGCACUGGGGUCCCGCAGCCCCGGCCCCCGGUGCCAGAGGAGCGGCGACCCCGGGGCACGGCGACGCUCAGCAAUGGCAAGCUGUGCGGCGCCGGGGAGCCGGACCAGCUGGCGCAGAGACUGGCGCAGGAGGCCGCGCUGGUGGCCCGCGGCUGCACCCACAUCCGCGUCUGCCCCGAGUGCCGCCGUUUCCAGGGCCUGCGAGCGCGGCCGUCGCCAGCGCGCAGCGAGGAGAGCCUGGAGUGGGACAAAACCACCAACAGCAGCGAGCCCGAGUAG